AUUAUGCGUAUUCCCCGCAAAUUUGUUUUAGUUGAUUUGCGCGCUUCACAGUGAAUGAGUUUCACGCCGUUUAUCGGCAUACGGACGGACUCAGUUCAGUGCAAAUGAGCACGCGUGGAAUCUAUACUAAGUAGAAGAAGUGCAUUCUAGAAUAGAUUUGAAAUUAAUAAAACGAUUUUAGUGAAUGAAAUUUAAAACAGUGCAAAAGAGUGAAUUCGAAAAGUGUGCAAUUAGUGAAAAUAAACAAAAAAAAAAAAACAGUAACAACGAAUAGAUUAAUGAAAUAAGUGUAAAACAAUAACAAUAAGUAAACAAAUUCGAAAUGUUUCCCGCAACACCUUUAAUCAGGUACAUGUACUUGAGCGCCAACACGCUUUGCCUAAUCGUCGGUCUGAUUAUGGUAUUAUUGUGUGUGCUCUUCAUGGAUUCCGUGCAGAAUUUGCAUUUGAUUUAUUGCAUACUUGGCUUAUUGACGGGGCUCCUAACGAUUGUGGCCUCUUUCGUUGGCUAUCGGGCCAUUAAGCCACCGAAGGCAGUGUUGAUGUGGUUGCACUGUGCCUUGUUUACAAUUAUUUUCGUUACACAAAUGUAUAUUGUAACGCAUUUCGAGGCGUCGAGCAUAAUCACGACCUCAGCCGAAACUGUAGAGCUGCUGUGGGAGCGAGAAUUGGUGAAUGAGGGUCCAAUGGCUGAUAUCGAAAGUCGGUUUCAUUGCUGCGGUCUGCACAAUUCUAGUGACUACACAUCUAUAAAUUUACCACUUCCAGCCAGUUGCUACUAUACCGAGAAUGAUGCCUGGGUCAACUAUAAUGACGGCUGUUUGGAGAAGGUGAAAUUUGCCGCUGGAAGAGCGAGCGAUGCGUUGUCUUACGUAGGUUAUACGAUGGCCACGGCGCAGCUGCUGGCUUUGACAUUUUCUUUCGUACUGACUCUAAUUUACCAUCGAAAUGGAGAUUAUGAAACUUUAUAGUAUUUACAUAAAUAAAUAUAAAAUAUUUAAUAUUCUCUAAGUAGUCAAAGAUGAUAUUUUUUAUUUUAAUAAAAAAUAUAAAUGUACAAUUUUAAUAUAUUUACAAUAUAUUUUGACACCAAACUAAAUGCUAAUAAAUGAAGAUGUGUGAAAUUACAAACAUAUUUUCAUAAAAAAAAUUGUUUAUUCCUACUUAUUUGAUAUACUGCAUAUGUUUAUACAACAUAACUACAAUUAAUUUAUGUUAAACUAUAAUUUGUUCGUACUAAAAUAUAUAGUAUUUUCGAAUUCGUAUGUAAUACCUAUAUUUGUAUAUAAAAAAUUAGUUUUAACCAGACUUUUGCAUUUCAUAUUUGUUUUUGCCGCAGCUUAUUUAGUUAGACAACAGGUGGGUGCGUGAAUUGCAAUGAUUGAUGCGUGGCACCGGUUGCGGUGGCGCAUAACCAUCUUCUGGCAGGGGUGUGUGAACUGUUGCGUGAGAGCGCUUGAAAAGCAAUAUGCUCAGAAUGCACGAGUAGAGGAAAACUGCGCACUGCAAAAAAUAUGAUUUAUUAUUAUUAUUUUUUUGCUCAUGUUUUGAGGGCCUACUUACUUCACAGAUUAAUAGUGACCAGUUAAAAAUGUUUUCACGCUCCAUGGUCUGGUGAUAUGAUGUUUCCAGUGCUUCCACACAGCCGCGAGUGUAUAAAUUCGACUCAAGCGUGGCAUUUUGGAAGCGAUAACAACUCGCUGGCGUCUCCAUAUGUCUGUACUUGUAGUCAUUGGCAUUGUAGAGACCACAACAGUGAUACUGUAAUGAAGAUAAUGAAAUGUUUAUGCAAUUGGAGUCUUAAAAAUAAUGUAAAUUGUUAUAAUUAAAGAAUACAAUGUAAUCAUAUGAAUACAAUAUAAUAAAAAAUAUUUUUUUAUAUAUUAAAAAUAUACACUAAAAUAGAUAAAUAUAAAUAAAAUAAAUAUUCAUUAACUACAUAUUUAAAAUAAUAAUAUAAAUAAUAAAAAAUAAAUGUAUAUAUAUGUAUAUCUGCAUAAAUAAAUUAUUAUUUAAUUAUUUCAUUAAAAUCUCACAUACAUAUAUCAAUAUAUACGGUAUGAUGUCAAACGGAAAGUCAAAAAUCCUUAUAUAGUGUAUAUUGGUAUUAAAGGAAGCUCUAGACUAAUUUAAUUUAUUUUGGCUUUCAACUAAAUUAUGCUCCAGAAAUUAUUUUCACUGAAUUUUACUAAAAUAACUCACACAUUGACCGAUAUAUGCCGUAUAAGGUCGAUUAGAACAACGGAAGUCAUUAUAGUUGGUAUACGCGAGGCUAUCUCGAUUAUUUAUAAACUACCGUUAAUUGCACAACACUAUUAUACGCUUUGUGUAAAUUGUUACAAAUUGAAAAAUACAAAAAUACAUAUAUAAGUGGUUAGUAGUCACGUUUGCGCCUUUUAACUGUUAGAUAUUAAGCUAAUUCGACUAAGACAGAUAUUUAAAUUUUUAGUGAAAAUCGUGACCCAUACCUUUCCGUAAUUUCUAUCUUCUGAUUGGAAGCUUUUUUGUCAGAUAAAACCCCGACUAAAAGUCAACAUUCGAAUUGAAAUUAUUUUAAUUUGUCUACAUUAAAUUAAGCUGACUUGCAUAGAUGUAAAUAUAAAAUCAAAUCAAAGUAUUUAUAUAAAACUAAAUUUAUAAUUUAAAAAAAUAAUGCAUAAAAUUAAGCAAAUUGAUGAAGCUAUAAAAAAAGUAUUAAGUCGCACUCACAUUUAUCUCCACCGCCUGCAUUUCAUUCGGAUCCAUUUCCACAUCAUCCCAGGCAUCCUCCAGUAGAUCCAGCGCAUUUACGAAGAAUUUCUGAUGUUUAUAUGUCUGCAUUUGCAACAACUGUGUGGUCAACAACAUCAGCAUAAAGAACGAGUACUACAAGUUGCAAUUGUUUGAAAAAACACAGCAAUUAAUAGAUAACAAUAAAAAUUGAAAGCAAAACCUACAAUCACAUUGACACCCAACGAUUCGCAGAUGACGCCAUAACAGCCAAAUAAUGUGGCCAUGCAUACGAAUGAGCCCAAAAUGACACCAACUAUGCAGUAUGUGUGCUCAUCGGUAUUCGGUAUGGCAAACUCCAAACCGAAAAUAUUCAAACAGACAAUACAAAUGCCCAGUAAC